UGAUACAGCCGACGACUCCCGUCCACCAAAACGGUUUUGAAAUCCUAAGCUCAAAAAUAGAAUUUUGUUAUUACUCUACUUACUGUAUUUACUCGUUAACAGUAAACAAAAAAUAGUCUUCAAAAUGCCUAGAGGAAAAUGGACCAAUCAUAAAGGACGGAGUCGCAAGUUCACGAAUCCUGAAGAACUAGAAGAACAAAGAAAACGUGAAGAACAGGAACGUAGAUGGAAGAAAAAUAAUAGAGGCGAUGAUGAAUCAUCUAGUGAAGAAGAAAAAUCUGCAACUAAAGGGGAUAAGAGUAAUAGCGAAGACGAGUCGGAGAGCGAUAGUGAAUCCGACGAAGAUUCUGAUGAUAAAAAGAAGGGUGUUGCUGGUUUAAUACAAAUCGAGAAUCCAAAUAGAAGACAGUUAAAAGCAAAAAAAUUAGCCACGUUAAAUGAAACCUUAGAAACCGCUGAACCUUCUCAGUUAUCUAGACGUGAAAGAGAAGAACUUGAGCGACAACGGAAAAAAAUACACUAUCAGAAGUUGCAAGCUGAAGGUAAAACUGAAGAAGCAAGAGCAGAUUUAGCAAGGUUAGCAAUCAUAAAACAACAACGUGCAGAAGCUGCAAAGAAAAGAGAUGAUGAAAAAAAAGAAAAAGAGUUGGCUAAGAUUCAAAAAUCAGCUGAGAUGCAAAAAGCCCUCGGAAAACAAUGAAAUUAUAUUAUUAUGGACUGAUAUGUAAUAUAAGAAAAUGAAAUUACUGUUAUGUUCAUUUUUAAGUUAGGAAUUCAUUUUCAAUAUACAACCAUAAAGUAUAAAUAAAUGCUUCUAAAAUGAUUUAA